UUUAGGCGCAUGCGCGACAUGAAAGGUAGCGGAAGUAGCACAGCGGCGCUCACAGCCUGAAUGAGAACGAGCUGACUUUCACUUCAACAUGAUGACGUUUGUGCCCAAGCUGCUGCUGCUGUUGCUGCUGGCCUUCCCCGCGACUCUGCUCGUCAAAGGGCCGGCGGUGAGCGCCCAGGACCUGACGGAGGAUGAGGAGGCCGAGGCCGUGGAGGAAGAUGUGGUGGACGACGUGACGGACGAGGACGACGAGGCCGAAGUGGAGGACGAUGAAAAUGCGGAAUUGACAGAGGAAAAAGAAGAGGAAGAGGAAGACGCGUUGGUUGGAGAGGUGAAGGCGUCUCCCAACGCUGACACCACCAUCCUGUUCGUCAAAGGAGAAGACUUCCCAGCCAACGACAUCGUCAAGUUCCUGCUGGGCUUCACCAACAAGGGCUCUGAGAACUUUGUCGUGGAGUCUCUGGACGCGUCUUUCCGUUACCCACAGGAUUACCAGUUCUACAUCCAGAACUUCACCGCCCUCCAGCUCGGCAUCGUGGUUCCUCCCAGCAAACAGGCCACCUUCGAGUACUCCUUCAUCCCCGCGGAACCGAUGGGAGGGCGGCCGUUCGGACUCGUCAUCAACCUCAACUACAAAGACGGCAGUGGAAACGUUUUCCAGGACGCAGUGUUCAACCAGACGGUCACCGUCAUAGAGAGAGAAGACGGACUGGACGGAGAGACGAUCUUCAUGUACGUCUUCCUGUCUGGCCUCGGGCUGCUGGUCGUCGUCGGCCUUCACCAGCUACUGGAGUCCAGAAAGCGGCGGCGUCCAGCUGCGAAGGUGGAAAUGGGAACUUCGAGCCACAACGACGUGGAUCUGAGCUGGAUCCCCCAGGAAACACUCAACCAGAUCAUGCAGAGUCGCAGAGACAAAGCAUCUCCAAGACGAUCUCCUCGCAAAAGGAACCAGAAGCGCUCAGUCGGCUCGGACGAGUGACGAGCGCCUGAUACCGCGGCGACUGAACACCACCCGCCCGUCUGUGGUGGUGGAGGAGGAGGAGGAGGAGGAGGAGGAGGAAGCGACACGUUGAGUGCACUCUACCUUCCCUACGGAGAAACUUUGACCAGUGCCAAGCACAGCGAUGGCUCUCUACGUUCAGCUUAAAAACUACACACACACACACACACGCACACGCACACGCACACAGACACACAGACACACACACACACACUGCCCUGUUGGUUUCAUGUGUUUCUGUCACACGAGGGAGAGAAGUGGAAACAGGUUUGUUGUGUUUCUAAGACACGAGGACAUUUUUUCUAAAACGUCGUUGAGAACAAACUGCUGAUAUUUUCCUCGUGAGACGAUUUUCAUUGUUUUGUUUUUUUGUUUAAUUUGUUGUUGUUGUUGUUGUUGUUUUUAAAGUAUUUUCUCAGCUUGGUGUCGGGUUUGAAACACUCGGUGGAUAAAUCAAAUCUGGGGAUAAAUUAA